CACCACUCGAUCUUCAUCCACCGACACCAUGAUUGCAGCUUCGCACGAGAACAGACUGACCGGCUUUGAUCUGGUCCAGGCUGACUACAAAACCGUCAAGGGUCAUGGUAUCCGGGCCGACUUCAUCAUCCCCCAGUCGAACUAUACCGGCAAGCGACCAGUGAUCAUCCGCUUCCAUGGCGGUGGUUUUGUCACCGGAGACUCGCUCUUUUGGGACUGGUUCCCCGAAUAUCUCUUCGACCUCGCCAAGGAGCACGACGCAGUGAUAGUAUCGGCAAACUACCGCCUGAUGCCCGAAGCCACAAGCCAUGAGAUCAUCGAGGAUAUUGAAGACCUGUGGACUUGGCUCCACUCUUCCGCCGUGGUGGACAUCCUGUCAUCCUUGGCCACCCCCACAGAGCUCGACCUUGAGCGGAUCAUCACGGCCGGAGAGUCCGCCGGUGGUGUGCUCAGUAUCACUCUUGCGCUGUCUCAUCCCGACGAGAUCCGCGCCGGCUUGGCAAGCUAUGCUCCUGUCGAUAUGGCUGGCCCCGAGUUCCGCGAAUCGCACACCACGCUCCUGCCGGACCUUUCUGACGAAGCGAUUGACGAUGUGGUUACUAGAGCUGUGGAGGCAGCGAAGCUGGGGAAGGUCCUGUCCUCCGCCGACGUACCCAACCGGCUGGAUCUGAUGCUUGCCGCUAUCCAGGGGGGACGGUUUGUGGAGCUGUGGGAGCGUGGAACGAAGAAGGAUUCCCCACGGGCUUUGCGGUAUCCCAUGGAACGGUUGGAUGAUCCCGACCUGAAGAUCCCACGAGGCGGCCUCUCCCUUCGCCAUGGCCUGGCGGAUCCCAUCGUGAACGCAGGGCAGAGUCGGAAGUUUGUCGAAAAGGCCCGUGCGGUUCUCAAGGGGAAGCCGGGGGGCGACAAGAUCCUUGUGGAGCUGCAAGAGGGGGGAGACCACGGCUUCGACGGACACACUCACAGCGAUGCGAAGUGGCUGCAGGAGAACCUGCGCUUUGCCCUUGAGGCGUGGCUGGAAUAG